AUGAAAACGCGCAUACAUAGGCUAGAAGCGAAUGUAACAGCUGCAGCAGUGCAACUCGCUCAGCAAAAAGUUAUUCAGCAACGACUUUCACACAGGCUUCUUAGGGUGCUUUCUAUGCAAAUGAUGUCGCAGCGUUUCACGCAGGGAAUUGAUGCUACUGAGGAAAACGGGACUUUGAGGUCUUCAUUAUCUAAGGAAACGGGUUUUAUCGAUGAAGCUGAUGCCUUGAAUCUGAAGAAAUAUUUGGAUAGGUGCCAGGAUGGCUUGGAAAGCCUUGUUGCAGUGCUUAAUUCUAAUCUUGAGGAUAUACAGUUGAUGGCAGCUGCAGUGGAUGCAUAG